AUGGGGCUGGAUCGGGUCUGCCACGGCCAGGCCGGGGGGCCCUUCUGUCACCAACACUUCCUGCCUGUUGGUGGCACCCAGGGGCUCAGCCGUUCAGCCUUGUGCCGCCGCUUCCUGCCUCCCCAUGGGACCUGCCCGAGCUCUCAGCUGUCCCGAGGGAUCCGACACAGCAGCCCAGCCGGGCAGGGCAAGGCUCCGGUGGAGCACAGCUCAGAGCUGCGCCACCGCCUGCGCUACCUCCCCUGCUCUGGAAAGGUUCCAGGCCCUUCGCGGAGUUUCUGCGGCGGCAGGCCAAAAGGGGAAUCAGAUGAUUCCAGUCCCCCGGUACAGGCCGCCUGCACCGUCCGGAUACCCAGCGACUUGAAGCAUUUCAGCUCUCAAGCGUUGAAUCUGUUGCAAGCCACCCGCAGAGACCAGGAGAGACCGAGGAACAGCAAAGAGACGCCUCCCGCUCCAGCUGCAGAAUCCCAGUUUUCACCGAAAGACAGUCGGACGUCAGCCGCUCCGGCGGUGAGAAGCAACAGCCCCUCCAGGGGGCCACGUGGACCCAGCCCUGAGUCUGCAGAGAGCCUGCGCCCACGGCGCUCUCAGGGUAACACUUGCCUGGAGAAUGGAUCCUUCCUGCUCAACUACGUGGGGUGUGUGGAGUGCAACAAGCGGGACUUUGUGCUGAUCACAAACAGGGCCACGGACGACGAUGAUGGAGAGGAAAUCAUCACUUAUGACCAUGUGUGUAAGAACUGCCAUCACAUGAUAGCCAGACACGAGUACACGUUCAGCGUGGUGGACGAGUACCAGGAGUACACCAUGCUGUGCCUGCUGUGCGGCAGGGCCGAGGACUCCAUCAGCAUCCUGCCCGACGACCCUCGCCAGGCGGCCCCCUUGUUCUGAGCGUCUGGCCUCCGUCCUGCACCUGUUCUUGCCAGCGCCAUGUCAUUAAACACCUGCCUUGUGUUGGGACUGAGUCGCCCACA